ACGUAAGCGGCCAAAUAAUGUACGCACCUGCAUACUUUGAUGGAAUUGAACUACGACAGAAUGGUCUCAAAAUGAUGGUCAUCGUUGCCUCUAUUGGACUAGAAGUUCGUUUUGAACCACCUUCUCCUCGAUAUUAUCGUGUGGUUGUCUCCCCUGCGUUGUUCUGGAAUCAGACGGAGGGAUUAUGUGGUCUGUGUAACGGUAAUUUUACGGAUGAUUUUCUGUCCCGUGAUGGCAAAGUAAUAGAGGAUGAAUUUGAAUUCGGUUACGACUGGCUUGAACCUCCGGGUGGUGAUAGAGAAGGCUGUAUACCUCCGGCGGAACCAACUGCAUGUAUUCCAAGCCAAGAGGUGAUCGAUUGGUGUUCCAAAAUAAAUUCUACCAUAUUCGAAACCUGUCACGGGUAUGUAGACACACGAGAGUAUUAUGAGACCUGUAUCCGAGACGGGUGUGCAAACUCAACUGCAGGCAACUGCUGGGCAUUCGAAAGCUACACUGAGGAAUGUAGUGGAAAUAAUAUUUGUAUUCCAUGGAGAUCAGACGAGUUUUGUCCUGAACCAUGUCCAGAUGGCCUGGUAUAUCGACAAUGCAACUGUCCAAUAGCUGAGAUAGAUAGCUGCUCCGCAUGGGAACACUUUGAGUGCCCAUUGGAUCCAAUUGCUGGUUGCUUCUGUCCUGAAGGAACCGUGCCCGAUGGUAAUCAUCCAACCAACAUAACGUGCAUCCCAUGUGAAAGUACCCCACCAACAAUUUUUCCCAUCACAACUCCCACUAAAGCUCCUGGAAGUUGUGAAUUCGUAGAAUUGGACCCUGUCGAAGUCCAGAUUGGCUUGUGCAUUGGAUAUACACCUGCAACUGCCUGUAUGGGUAAAUGCGCUUCGUCAUAUCGAAUCACUGGCUAUGACAAUCUCAUCCCUAUUACAGAGCAAUCGUGUGCAAAUUGUGCGCCCACCGAAUAUGAAACAGUUAUGGUUGAUCUCGUAUGCCCCGGUAAUGUUUUCAAACAAGUUGAAGUGCAGACCAUUCGCACAUGUGAAUGCCUUGCUGGAAAUGGAGCGGAAUGUGAAUAAAACAAUUAGAAUAUUCCAGGAUUUCAGAUAUAUCUGACAGUAUGGAAAUUAAAUGCUCUCUUUGCUAAUUUAUGUUAUAGUUUAGGUUUUAUAGGAACGCCCCAUCGCGUAUCUCUAGUGAGGUAAUGUUAAAUUUUAAUUCAAUUAUAUUUUUUGUCGAUUGAAAAAAAAAUAUCGUCCUUUUUAUCAGUAAGCGUAAUGCAGCAUCCCAAACUCCUUACUAAAUGUUAUGCUGUACGUGAAGACUCUAUUUCAACAAGAAUCAACACCACGUUGAUUUGCUCAAUGUGAGGCAUGUGUAUUUUAUGAUAAUAAUCUGCUCGAGAGGGACUAAACCAGGACACAUUUAAGCUCACAUUCAUGUUUUCUAUUUUCUUGAUAUUCAAUAUGAUGAACGACCGUUGCGCGGGGCAUGUCCCACAAAAGGACAGUGUGAACGUACUUAAACACGUAGGGUUUGUGGGACAACAUGUGUGCUUGUGGGACAAGAGCUUAUUCCAGGACCUGUUCUGAUUGGUCGGUUGUUAAGUCUGAUUGUAACUCUGGAAAAUCGAUUUUUCUUAGUUACGAAUUUACUUUAAGCUGUGACGUUAUGUUCGCUUUCUUAUUCAUGGUUGUCAACAUUUGUGUCAAUAAACGUUAUUUAUUGCCAUUUGAAUCCAAAGUUCAAUGUAGUUAUUUAUGGUUAAAUAUUACCGGAUAUUAAAUUAUUAUUAAACUGAGAAACAAAGGAAAUAUGAUGUCCUAAUAUUUAAGUUUAUGUUAUAUUAGCGUGUAUUGGUUGUGUGCCAGUGUUGCCGUGCUUUUCCAUUGUAAUCAAUUGUCAUUAGAAAUAUUGUGAUUUCAACUAAUAAAAGAAAGAGAAUGCAUACUGGACCAUAA